UACUGGUCUCUUUUUUUUAAAAUGGACUCUUUCACUUUUGGAGCAAGAAUUUACUCCACGGACAUUCCUGUUGUCGCUAGCUCACUGUCUUUGAUUUGUUAGUUCUUGCUUCGUUUGACCUUCCUUUUUUGCCAUUUGGGUACCUUUUUUUUUUCUUCUCCCUCCUUUCAUUUGGGUUUUCUUUUUACCUUUUUCCUAUUCACAUCUACUGAUGGUGUUACGCCCAUCGUUGACCCUUGCUCGAUUCGUGCAAGUACUUUUUUAUGUUAGCUUGAUAGAAGCAGCUCCUACCCUCGUUCGACGACAAGUGGUCCGAGGCAGUGUGCAGUAUUGUAAACCAGGACAGGUGGCUCUCACCUACGAUGACGGCCCCUACCAGUACACAUCAGCAUUAGUCGAUCUUUUAGAUAAGCACCAAAUACGAGCCACGUUUUUCAUCAAUUCAAGAAAUUUCUGGGAGCUUUCUGACAAUAUAGAAGCCCAGAAUGCAGUUGCCAAGGCCUUUAAAUCAGGCCAUCAGAUAGCAAGCCAUACUUAUUCUCAUGCUCAUCUCACUCAAAUUAGCGAGCAAGAAGUGGAAACAGAAAUGCUCGCUUUAGAUCGGCAAAUCAUAGACAUCACUGGUAAACGACCAGCGUUUAUGCGUCCUCCUUAUGGAGAAUACAAUGAUCGUACGGUGGAUCAAUUGAACAAUAUGGGAUACACCGUCGUAAUGUGGAAUAUGGAUACCAAAGACUACGAGACCCACGAUUUGAAACAGGAGAUGGAUCAUGUACAUCGAGCCCUCAACGAUAACUCCGGCGGCUACAUAUCGUUAGCACACGAUGUUUUCGAGCAAACCAGCACCGAGUUGACAGAGCAAAUGAUCAAGGAAUUGGGAGCGAAAGGUUUCAAAUUCGUCACCGUGGCUGAAUGUUUCGGUCUACCGCCUUACAUGGCAUCCAACCACAUCACACCAAGUGCCACAAAUAGUAGCAGUACUACGGAUCCGUCGAGCCCUUCAAAAGUUACAGUGCCGUAUAAAGAUGAUUCUUUCAAGAACGAUCCAACUUCCGAUACAGUUGCCGAUGAUGCGCUGGAUGGGGAAGAUGGUGACGACUUUUUCUAUUACGAUCCAUUGUUCGAUUCUUCUUACGAGGAGGAGGAAGAAGCCGAUGAGGAACCACAAGAACCCCACGUCAUUAAGACCGAUACCAAGACCAAGCCCAAGACCAGGCCGUCAAAUCCAAGCAAUCCUCGUUCGCAUUCACGCUCCCGUUCCCAGGGAAGAAAUCGGAACAAAAAGACGAAUCACAAGACGAAUGCUUGAUCGAUUGUUCGCUUAACGAGUUUCAUGUAGUACACAUUCACUUAUUGAAUCUGCCAUCAUUCCUUGCCAAUUAUUGAUACUGUAGUCUCAUUUUUUUUUUGUUACCCUGUCCACGUUUUUAACCAAACAGGCAGAUAUUCAGAGUUUUCAUCAUUUCUUUUUAUCCACUUCUCCCUCUCCAAAUACAUUCUCUCAAAUUGUACAAUUCAGGCAUCAAUGUUUUUAUUUGCAUAUGCCAUUGUUGUGUAAAAC